CCACUAUACCUCGAGAACGAAGCAGUUUUAAGUGAUGCUGUUGAAAUUACUAUUAAUUAUUGUUAAAUUAUAUUGAAAUUGCAAGUUAAUUAAAUUUGAUUAAACAUGACAGACACUCCGUUACAUACAAUUCACUGACAUCGAUAUGUACAGAGAUGUCAUGACUGGACCGUUUCCUAAGAAAACUAAAAUAAAUAUAGUCGUAAUACCAUUCUUCUUAUUUCUGAAAUAUAUGUCCGGGAUACAUAUCUAUAUUCAUUCAUAUUCAGUAGUCUCCUGUAUUUGUAUAAAGUCCUGUAUAAAGUCGAUGUAGAGUCCGAUAGAUUUUUGAAAGAAUUACCCAUAAAUUUAAUAAUUUAAUCUGAACUUUUUCGGUAAUGUCGACACAAUUAGGCAUACACCAAUCUCAAUCUAGGGUUUGAAGUGUAGCGUCAAACAUGUCUGAUAUCAAUCCUACUUGAGUGAAACACAUUCUAGAUCAAUCCUAAAUGAUAUCAAACAUGUUUGAUGUUAGAUUGUAAAUAUUUUUUUCUCGUAGACAUCGAAAUAUAAAAUAAAUAAAUAAAGUCAAUAAAUUGCUUUAAAAUUAAUGUGAAUUUUGAACUAAAAUACAUUUCAAAUUAUGUUUACAGUUAGCGAAAAAAUGUAUUAAUAGCAUAUUUCGAUAUCAAACAAGAUUGAGUCAAACAGAAUUAGAUGGAAUAAAAGAAAAACGUUUGCAGAAAUAAUGCAGCAGUAUUUUAUACUUCUCCAAGUCCAUAACCAAUCUAAAACUGUUUAUUGUUGAUUGAUUCAGAUCUUCAGUCGAUUGAAUAACUACGUUCUUGACAAAUGACACCAGGUCUGCUUGUUAAUGGCAUUUUAACUCUUUCCAUUGUUUGAAUCAUCUAUUCCACACCCAUUGGUGGAUCUAGAAUUAUUCAUUGGUACACGCGGUAUACGAUAAAGUGUGAGAUACGUGCAGAUAAUUUAAUAUUUAGCUUAAUAGAUAGAGAAUUUAAUUCUCUAGGAAACUGUCGAUUUUACUUUAAAAUUAUUUUCGAAAUUUCAGCAGAAUAUUCACGAUAUUAAAAUAUUCUAAUUUUCUAAAAUGGCAAGGAAUAAACUUAACUUCUUUAGCGAAGCGUUGCCGAUUUCUCAGUUCAACUUAUAUUUAAUUAUUUUAACGUCAAAAGAUGCAGAAUUUUAUUUUGUACAAUCUGACACUAUUUGUGUUAAAUGUUUAUUGUUUUUUGAGGGAAGAAAAGUCCUAAAUUGACUGACUUACGUAGAAAAUCCAUAUUAUCGGCAUUUUGCCCUCAAACUCAAAAUUUAAAGUCAUGCAUUUUAUAUCGAAAGAUGCAGAAUUUCUCACGUUAUAAGAUCACAUACAGCAGAAAAUAAAAAUUUAAUUUUAAAGUAUAGAAUAAUAUUGGAUGCUACUAAAGAUGAAUCCACCUAAACUCUUUUGAAACUUUCAUGAGAGCCACCUUGAUUUAGAACGAUUUUGCUUUGCCACAUGAAGUAUGGGACUUUGCAUAGAAUUUCGGGCUGAAUUUAAUGGUGUAUUAUGUUUUAAUUAAUAAAUCUCUUUUAGUCAAAUACGCUAAGAAGAACUUCGAUUAGAUAGAGGAUCAAUUUUCAUAACAUAACAUUUUAGUAUUUUUAUUUCCACAGUGAUGAUUCAAAAUUAAUUUUAAAAUAAAAUCGACAGUUUCCUAGAGAAUUAAAUACUCUAUUGUUUAAGCUAAAUAUUAAACGUUUAAACACAAGUCAAUAUAGAUAAAAAUUUGAUAGAAAAGUGGCUUCAGGACUUCUGGAUCACCCUUUAUAUCCGUCAUUAUAAUAAAACUUAGCUAAAUCUAAUCUAAUUUGAUUGUCUAGAAGAAAUGGCCGUCUCUGGAUUUUUGAUUUCUUUCUUGUUCCUGUAUUCAGCUACCUUUUUUUCAAAGAUCUGUAACAAAAGCAUAGACAACAUUUUUUUGUUGUUUCACUUAUCAUAGAGUGACCAUCUUACAAAAGAAACGCACAAGAGUGCGAAAUGCAUGUACCUCUAAAGCACUGUUCUUUAGUGUUAUGGGUAUUCGCAGUAUAAUGCAUUCACGGUCGUUGAAGUUUUAUAAGAUUUUGAAGCUAUACACACAACUCUCAACGAACAGAUAUCAAAAAUCGAAAUCUUAGGAUCUCAUCUUCCAUAAAUACAUUGGCGGUUAUCUUAACAAAACACUCAUCCACCUACAGGGAAUAUCUCUUAACUACUGGACUUUAACUUUAAGAUCAAUAGUCUGUCACUUGAUUGAAUCACAAUUUAGGAGUACAUGUGAGAGGUUGCAGUUGUUGUAUGUUUUUUGUUCGGCAAGGAAAAAUCUCUUUUAUCAAUCUGAAGCUUACUAGAAAAAUUUAUAUUGUCUUUGUGACAAUUAUCAAAAGUCUUGUUUUUCCACAUCUAUCAGAGACAUUCAGAGAACGGAUUUAAAAAAAACUAAAUGAAUGACUUUAAUCUGCUGUAUAAACUGUUAUGUUGCAUCAUUAUUAAUUGAAAAACAAAAUUGUCAACAAAUUAUCAGUCACCUAUAGCGUUUGAAUAAUAAUGUUUGCAUUCGAAUAUUUAACAAGACGUUGUCCUCAAGUACAUCAUUCCUAUCAUACUUGCGAAUUAGUGUGGCCAGCGACACAGUCAAAUAGGUAGUGGAUUAGAUCGAGCACAACGUAUUGAACAUGGUGUUGAUAUAGCCACUAAAGAAAAUACAUUACAGACAAUAAUAAAGAUAAAGCAAUAUGUGGCCGUUGAGAUAUGUUUGACAUCAAAUAAACAAAUAUUAGAUGUAAUAAAUAAUGAACAUCUAUUUCCAUUGUAUGUCACAUCUGGUAUACCUGUUGUUUUAGCUAUGGAUGAUGCAAGUAUAUUAUGUAUAACAUUAACAGAACAAUUUGCAUUUAGUGUCUAUCGUUAUUAG